UGAUGUGUCAUAUCAAAGUGACUUGUUGGGGCAAAUCAGCUGGUGAGGUCGAAAUCCCAAAGUUAUCUCUGAUCCCGGUUCUCCGGUUUUACGUCAUGGAGUUUACGCAUUCGAUUUGAACCAGAGAGGGACCAUAGAACAUCCCGGCCCCGCGUCAGAUACACGCGUGAUGGAAGGAUCAGAGGCGGAGGCGGCGUCAGAGGGGCUGCACCCGGCCGAUCGGCCUCGCAGCAGCACAUCUGACGUAACCCAGGAGGAGCAAAUCCUUCACAACACCGCAGAUGCGGCAGAAAAGUGCAGUCGGGCCGAAGAUGAAGCGGAGCCUGCCGGUGAAUUCAUCGACGCUACGACGGAUCUACCGACCGACGCGAAGAUGAAGUCGGGGCCGCAAACAUGCAGUCGGGAAAAUGAAGAGGGGAGUGAGCUGGAUGCUGAUGACGGCAGCGAUGGAAGUGCGGUUCCCGUGGAUGGCGGGAUACCGUCGCUUUCAGAUGAGGCCGGAGGAGCUUUUGCGGCCCCCAUCACCACUUUGGACCAUGUGGUAGAAAGCUCUCCGGUUGUCGAAGGAACAACAGCAACCACAUUGACCCUUGAUGAAGUGAAGGAGUGUCACGCCACCACUCCGGACGGCAACGAGCAGCCGUCUGUCUCGAUUAGAAAUGGUUCCUCAGAACAAUCGCCUGCUGAUGAUAGUGGUUCGGCUGAGAGUCCAUCAUCCCUCUCUCUCCAAAGUGCUUCCAAGAACUCCUCGACCGACUCGACGACCACCUCCGGGUUCUGGAAUGGCCCUUCUACGCCCAGUUCCGACACCGUCGGCUCCUCCCUUGCAUCCAGCCCGCGAACCGGUGCCGACACCUCGGCCCCCUCGCAUCUAUUGUUAAGUCCGUAUGACACCGAUUGCAGCCGAAAGCUCAUGUCCCAAAUCCAGCGCUCGCUGUCACAGGAUUCACUGCUGGAUGAGCUGGAGUCAGAGCUCUUGGCUUCUCAGCUGCCUCAGGGGGAGAGUGGAGGUGAGGGGAAAGGGAGCCCGCCCAUCAAUGGACUCCCUACAGACGAAGAGGACUGCAUGGUAGCCUUUGAGAAGUGUGUGCAAUACAAGUAUACACAGCAGGAGAAGUCCAUUCAUAGGCUGCUUGAGGAAAACAAGAGGCACCAGGAGCUGAUCCUGGGUAUCUGUUCAGAGAGGGACGACAUGAGGGAAGAGCUGAAAAAGAGGGCAGAGACCGAAAAGCAACACAUGGCCAUCAUUAAAAAGUUGGAGGGCAGGGUGGACGAGUUGCUGAAAGAACUUAGAGAGUCACGGGACAAACUGAUCCACCAGGACCAGGCAGCAAAGGCUGCCCUCCAGCAGAUGCAGAAGGACAUGUCUUCCAGGCUUGAACAGGUGGGCAAGAAGUGUGACGAGGCGCGCCAAGAGAAGGAGGCCAUGGUGAUGAAAUAUGUGCGGGGGGAGAAGGAGGCGCUCGACCUGAGGCGCGAUAAGGAGGGUCUGGAGAAGCGGCUGAGGGAAGCCACCAAGGAGGUCGACCGCCAGGCCCUCAGAGGAAACCAGCUGGCCCAGGAUAAAGGUCGUCUGCAGCAGCUGUAUGACGCCAAGGAAGGCGAGGUGAGCCGGUUGACUCGAGAGGUGGAAAAGUUGAAGGAGGAGAUCAACUCUCAUCUCAUCAAGGUCAAAUGGGCCCAGAACAAACUCAAGAGCGAGGCGGAUUCACACAAGGAAACGAAAGACAAACUUCGGGAGACCACUUCCAAAUUGGCGCAGGCCAAAGAAGAGACUGAACAGAUCCGCAAGAACUGCCAGGACAUGAUCCGAACAUACCAGGAAUCGGAGGAGCUCAAGUCCAACGAGCUGGAUACUAAACUGAGGGAGACCAAAGGAGAGCUGGAGAAACACAAGCAGGAACAAACAGGCCAAUUAGAGGUGCACCGAGUGAAGGCCAAAGAGCUGGAUGACUUGAAAAGGAGUUACAAAGAGGGCAUGGAUGAGCUCAUUACUCUUCGAACCAAGUUAAAUUGUCUCGAAGACGAGCGUCCACGCUGGGAGGACGAGCUGAACAAGUACAGGGAGAUCAUUAACCGGCAGAAAGCUGAGAUCGGGCGGCAGAGAGAAAAGCUGGAAGAGAUCACUGCGCUCCAGGAGCAGCAUGAACGUGAUAAACAGGAGGUCACGUCUCUACGCGAGGAAGUGGACGGCCUGUCCAGCCAGCUGGCUGACCUCCAGCGCGACGUACAAGGCAGCAGAGAGCGCGAGGCCGAGUUACUGGGCUUCACCGAGAAGCUGAGCAGCAAGAACGCCCAGCUCCAGUCCGAGAGCAACUCGCUGCAGUUCCAGUUGGAUCAGCUCAGCAGUGGCUUCGCAGAGCUCCAAGCAAAGCUGGAGGAGACCAACCGGCUCCUAGAUGACAAGUCGCGGCUGCUGAAACGGGAAGAGGCGCUGAGGCAACAGGAGGUGCACGGCCUGCAGGAGGAGCGGGCCGCCCUGCAGGCCGAAGGAGCUCAGCUGAAAACCAGAGUUGAAGAGCUGAGGGAUGAGCUGGUGACUCGUAAACGGAGACAAGCUGCCAACAUCAAAGACCUCACAAAACACCUGGCACAAGCCCGUAAGAGACUGGAGCAGGUGGAGAACGGAGGCUGCGACCGGGAUGCCAGCAGCAUGGGCAGUCGCUCAAGUUCCUCAGGUACUCCUCCUGGAUUUGGCUCCUUGAAUGUGCGCCAUGUUGUUGAAGAGCGCUCACCGGAGAGCCAGUCCGGCCCCUCGGUGGCGGUCGUGGACAGCUUCCCCGAGGUGGACAAGACGGUGCUCGUGGACCGCAUCGUCCGUCUGCAGAAGUCUCUGGCGCGCAAGCAGGAAAAGAUCGAGUUCAUGGAGGAUCACAUCAAGCAGCUGGUGGAGGAGAUCCGCAAAAAGACCAAAAUCAUCCAGAGCUAUGUGCUGCGAGAGGAGUCGGGGGCCCUCUCGUCGGAGGCGUCGGACAUCAACAAAGCCCUCAUGGGCCGGCGGGGGGGCAUCAUGGCGUCGCUUUACAACUCGCACCCGGCGGACAGCGGGCUGACCCUGGACCUGUCGCUGGAGAUCAACAGGAAGCUGCAGGCCGUGUUGGAGGACACGCUGCUGAAGAACAUCACUCUGAAGGAGAAUCUGCAGACUCUGGGGUCCGAGAUCGAGAGGCUCAUAAAGCAGCAGCGAGACCCUGAGGAUGGAGUGAGGAGGAAGUGACGAAGCCAGGAAGCAGGAAAUAAAGGACCGACGACUACGGCAUUUUUGAAGGGGACGGGAAAAUGUAAGAUGUGCGCACGCGGAGGAGCAAGUGGAAUGUUUGAAGCGGCGGCAGCACCUCCGGCUGCUUUUUAGGAAGACCUCUUGAACUGUUAUUCCAUCCACAUUGUCCCACCUCGGGCAACACAACAGAAUCCCCCCCCCGUCCCCCCUGAGCCGGGAUAAAACUCUUCAGGCCAGUUGCUUCGAGCUUUAAAGUCUCACUGUCUUGUAAACUAGUUGACGCCAUCAUUCUGAAUGCAGAGCAAAGUCUACCAGGGAAGUAGUUUAAAAAACAACGACACUGAUUUGCCAAUGAAUCCAUCCCACGAAGAGGACAUCCGUCCACGGUCCAGCGCGUCCCGCCGGAAUAAGACGACCGUCGGCCGGCGCGGUCCCUCGGCUCGUUCCGUCUGCCAAUAAGCCAAAUGUAUUUUUUUUUUAAAGCCGCUUCUUCGGCAUCCCAACGCAGCACUCCGAGAACUUGUAAAAGUGAAGAAGAAUCACACGUCAGCCCCGGCUGGUUGGGGGAUCUUGUGAUGCCACGCGGGCAUUUUUUUUUUUUCAUCAACUUUUGCGCCGCACAGCACUAACGGGCCGAGACGCGACCAUCUGCGUAUCGCCGCCGCGCCGCUGAAGGAUGCUCGCGGCUUUCUAGUCCAUGUUUAAUGCAGCAGACGGCACUAUGCCAGCAGCGGGGAAGUAUCCCAACGUUAAGCCCUGUACACACACAAAAAACGACAAUAUUGUGUAACAGUUGAAAUGUAGAGCUGGCCAUGUUGAAUGUGAUUCUUCCUUCUUUUGUUUCUUGGUUUAUAAUUUAAGUUUUAUUUGUCUGCUGAUCCAUUUAUUUUUAUUUUUAUCAUCGUGCAUAUUCACCGAGAGCUUUCUUAGAAUCGUUGACCUUUUUUUUUGCUUUUUAAUUUUAAAUCAUAAAUACCUAGAAUAUCUUUGAGAGGGAAGAGACAAAUGUUCAGCUUCUUUUACCACACUCUCUUUUUUCCUUUUCUUUUUUCUUCUCGCGUCACUUAGUCCGUCGAAGUAAAUCAAGCGUCGAAGAAUCGGACGGACGGGAGAUCUGUGGCUGUAUCUGUAGCUCAGGAAAGCCAACGAACCUACAGAAAUAUAUCCGGGGACAAAGUGCAAUGCUGUUCCUUUUUGUUUUUGUAUUUCUAUCUCGUCUUCUUAAGUUUUGUUCUGAAUGCCGUUUGUGCGUACUGUUUUAUGUGUCUGUUUUUAUGCUCGUGUAUGUGCAACAUGCGACUGUGCAGGCGUUUGAAUAUUUAGUGUCCAACUUGUGUGUGUGUGUGUGCAUGGCUGCAUGUGUGCCUUUUUAUAACCUCUCAAGCUUUUACGUUUACACCUUGUGAACAUGCCCCAACAGAUUGACCGUGAAGUGUGUUCCAGCCAGAGGAAUCCUGCUACACUGGAUUUGCAUUUAGACCAGACUCUGUCAGCCACACACACACACACACACACAUGCAGCUUCUGUCUCUCCUUCACAGAUGUUCAGUCGACCGCAUCCACGGUACGAAGGCAACUAGCUUGAUCCAACACUCUUAAAGUUCCCUUGGUCUUCAUUUGAUCCGAUUGCAGAUUCGGUCACAAAGCAUCGGCCUCCAUCCGCAUUCAGCCAAUCAGAAACAAGCUUUUACGGGUUGUGACUGGUUGCAGGUUGAUCCCCUUCCCAUCCACCCGGAGGUGACGUUGAAGCGGCCCACCCUGUGAACAGAGAUGAAAGUCCUUAAUGCCUUGCUCGGCGUUUGAUGCGCCGCUGCUUUUUAUUUCAUCCAAAUUUCAUUUUUUGCCAGGUGUAAACGCACAGACCUGGAGAUUACGUCUCGCUUCUCCUCGAUUGUGAAACUUGUUGACCUUUUCACCCCUGAAAGGUCGCAGUUUUAUCACUCUCGGGUUUCCGGUUCUAUUAAGUUGAUUAUUUAUAAAAAUGAAAAUGAUCUGGAUGCUUUCGUGCAGCGGGGGGAGAUGAGCUGCUUUCUGCCGACCGGGCGCAAAUCGUCGUUUUCUUUACAGUCGGUAAAAUACAACCUAUAUGCAAAUGAGCGCAUAGGAUUUCCUUAAUUAUUUCCUCUAAAUUAUUGGUCUCCUGUAAGAAUCACGCCGAUCCAAGUUUUCACACAUUUCCACAGCCUUGAAUGAAGCCAUGCUGCAGCAUUGUGUGAAUAAUACAUUCAUCAUGUUCCCCUAUAUGGAUAUGAUGAAAUGGAGUUCAGUGUGUGUGUGUGUGGGUGGGUGUGUGUGGGUGUGAGUCUGUAUCUGGGUGUGUCAAAGUGAGAUUUAAAUUGGAAGUGUGUCAUGUUUCCUCCUGCUGUGCAAUGAUUUCCCCCUGCCCUGUUUUGUGUAAUAUUCAAACUGUGAUUCUAAUAUACAUUUGUAAAUAUGUCAUUCUGUAAAAUGAUGAGUUGUUUUUAAAAAACAUGCUGAAUCUGGAUUAUGUUUGUGUAUAUAUAUAUAUAUAUAUAUGGUGUUUCCAGGGAAUAAAAAGAGACAAGUCUUAACUUUCUCUUGAAUGUC